CAUUGCUGCUAUAGGCUUUUGACUUUUGUGUUCACUGUGAAAUCGUGAACUACAAGCAGCUUUCUCUGCUGCUAUGAACGCCACCACCCUGCCACUACCACUCCCACUCCCUCCGCUACUCACCUCACGCGCGUUUAACCAACGCGCAACCCUCUCCUUCUCCCUCUCACACUUCUCAACUCUUCUUUCUCUUCCAAACUGCAAACCAUUUCUCGGCCAACUCCCUCCUUCCGCCGCCAUGUCCACCGCCGCCCUCCGUUCACACUCUCCGGCAAGCCAACAACAUCCUCUCACCGAACUCAACGACGAGUCGGACUUCGAGUCUCUCGUCUCUCCAGACGGUUACAUAUCGAUCUGCGGAUUCGGUUCUCUCCUCUCUGAGAGAAGCGCAAGAAGCACUUUCCCUGAUCUGCUCAACUUCCGAGUGGCGAGGCUGAACGGAUUCCGUCGCGUGUUCGCUCACGUUGCUCCGGUUUUCUUCGAGCGCGGAAUCGCCAAACCAGAAACCAUGGAGAUUUCGAGCUUGAGUGUGGAGCCAUGUGAAGGAGAAACACUUAUUGUGACUGUUUUUGAGAUCAGAAAAUCCGAGAUUCCGGAUUUUAUCAAGAGGGAGGUUGAGUUUCGGUUUCUCGCUGUUCUUCCAGAAAUACUUGAUGGCAAACCUUUUGAUUUUCCAGCGGUCCUUUGUACCCGUUACAGCGACGAGGAGUUUCUUAACAUUAGAUGUAAAGGAAGUAAGGAAGUAUACUUUCAGCAAUAUGGACGAUGGAAUAUCGAUAAAAUUUGGAGAGAUGAUGUCUUCCCUUGCCGUGUUUAUCUUAGGCACUGUGUACUGGCAGCAAAGAAUCUUGGUGAUACUGCAUACGACAACUUUUUAGAUCACACUUAUCUUGCUGACCGUAAAACAACCAUUCGUGAGUAUUUGGCAACAACAGGAUCUGGCAUUAUGGAAGAGGAGCCCCCAGAACCCCUCAAGUACCGCUAUGGUGGUUGAUAAUAUCCAUUUUUACUGCUUAGAUAUCUCAACCUUAAGGGAUGGAAGAAAGAUGGACCAAACAAUAUGAUACUUCUAUAGAAAAGCAUCACAUUAUUCAAUAAGUCCAAUUUUCUUAAGCUUGGAAUAGAAAGCUGAAAGCACUGUAUUAUAAAUGAUAAUUCACCGCAGCAUGUAUGGGAAAAUUAACAUCAUUUGGAGAAAUCUAUGUUUCCUGUGUACUACCGUCUCUCUUCCCUUUUUUAUUUAGGACUUUUCACUUAAUU